GUUUUAUUUAAUUUUCCUUUCUAUUUUUCAAGGAAAUUAAUGAUGUGUGUAUCAUUCUUUUUGAUAUCGAUCGAUCGAGUCUUAAAGCUCCAGCCUUUCAUUUUUGGCCUGUUGCACUCAUGAAACAUUCUUUCACAAUAUCUUUUGAAUUCAUCUGCAGUAAAAUUUACAUGAUGUUAAUCCAUGUCUUAUUCAUUAAUAACCGAUUAUGCUUCAUACAAUUUACUUGGAUUUGUAUCUUGAGUUGUUAUUAUCUGAGUGAAUCAAACGAGGUCGUUUUAAUCACCUCUUUUAGUUCUAAAUCAUAUAAUUUUACAAAAAGUGCAAUGAUUUUUUGUUCUUCAUCGUAAGUUACCACUGAAUUUUCAGUGUGAAACAUUUUUCUUUUCCGUGCACUAACAUGCGGAUUGCUGUCGCUCGUUGUAAUUCCCGAUCGGGUUCUCUUUUUUGUCCUUUUUAUUUUGAGCUCUAUUAUGGCAGAGGUUCUCUACUAAAUAAGUUUCCAGGACCACAUUCACAUGAUAUUGCUGUAACUUUACAUUGAGCCGCUGAACGUCGAUGGUCUCAUGGCGGUCAACGGCCAGAUGAAAUCACGGAGAAGGGAGUAUGCGAAUUCGCAAGAGGAUAACGACGUGAAGUUGCUGAGUUAUUUUGGUGAAGUUGAUCCGUGGACGGCAUGGGCAUACAAGCCUCGCACUAUCUCUCUGCUACUACUCGGCACUUGCCUUUUAAUUUGGGCAAGUGGUGUUCUUAAUCCGGAAAGCAGCGCUGAUACCGAUCGUGUUACAUCUGUGAAGAGGGGCGUGUGGGCGAUGAUCGCGGUUUUUCUAGCUUACUCUUUGCUCCAAGCUCCUUCCACAGUACUUAUUAGGCCGCAUCCUGCGAUUUGGCGCUUGGUUCAUGGGAUGGCUGUUGUUUACCUUGUUGCCCUCACCUUUUUGCUUUUUCAGAACCGUGAUGAUGCGCGACAAUUCAUGAAGUAUCUCCACCCUGAUCUUGGUGUUGAGCUGCCUGAAAGAUCGUAUGGAGCGGAUUGCCGUAUUUAUGUCCCUGAGAAUCCAAAAAACAGGUUCAAAAAUGUCUACGAGACGCUAUUCGAUGAGUUUGUGCUCGCUCAUAUUUUUGGCUGGUGGGGAAAAGCUAUAAUGAUACGAAAUCAACCCCUUCUGUGGGUGUUGUCGAUAGGGUUUGAAUUAAUGGAGCUUACUUUCCGUCAUAUGUUGCCGAAUUUUAAUGAGUGCUGGUGGGAUAGUAUAAUUCUCGACAUUCUGAUCUGCAAUUGGUUCGGCAUAUGGGCUGGAAUGCAUACCGUGAGGUACUUUGACGGAAAGACGUAUGAGUGGGUUGGUAUAAGUCGGCAACCGAAUAUCAUGGGUAAGGUGAAAAGAACAUUAGGCCAAUUUACGCCUGCGAGGUGGGACAAAGACGAGUGGCACCCUCUCCUCGGGCCGUGGAGAUUCGUCCAAGUGCUGAGCCUCUGCAUCGUGUUUAUGACCGUGGAGCUCAACACUUUCUUCCUCAAGUUUUGUCUCUGGAUCCCGCCGCGAAACCCCUUGAUCAUCUACCGAUUGGUUCUCUGGUGGCUCAUCGCAAUCCCGACGAUCCGCGAGUAUAACACCUACUUGCAAGACAGCAGGAAACCUGUGAAGAAGGUAGGAGCAUUCUGUUGGCUUUCGCUGGCGAUAUGCAUAGUCGAGCUUCUCAUUUGUAUCAAAUUUGGCCAUGGUCUGUUUCCGAAUCCGAUGCCUAAAUGGCUCGUAAUGCUUUGGACGUCGGUGGGCUCAGUCCUUUCAAUUUUCCUGCUCGUUUGGACGUGGCAAAAUCAUCGAUCGAUGGUGAGAAAAAGGUUAUAAUAAACCAUCAUGAACCGCGCCGUUACUGAUUCUUUUCUCUUACUUCCUCUCCUUAAAAACUUAGUUGUGUAAAUAUUCAUUACCUUUAAAUUCUGUAAAUGCUUCAUCCAUUGCUUAGGAUUGUUUGUUUUCGUCCUCAGCUUUAGGUUCUUAUGGGGGAAAUAUCCUUUCGAUCGCGCAUUCUUAUUGUUUUUCAUAGGUUUUUAUUGUUUCUGAAACAAUUAGCUGAUCCAAUGUUGAUUUUUCUUUUUUCUGUUUUAGUAACAAAUGAACAAGUUCCUUUUAUUUGAUCUGAUAAAUGCCGUCGUGAUCGACUUCCGUCGUGAGUAAA